AUGGCAGAAGCGCAGAGCAAAAGAAUCGUUGUGGGCGGUGGUUCGAUUGCCGGGCUCAUGCAUGCCCUGGUACUCAAGUCUCAUGGCUACAACGUUGAUGUCCUUGAAGUACGUUCCAAGGAGCAGCUUCAGGCUCAAGCUGCUGGCCUGAGUCUCUGGCCAAACGCCCAGAAGGUCCUCACGACAUACAUACCGGAGGUUGAGCUUAAUGAUGUCGUCUUCCGCAACCCUUCUUUCCCGAUCUUCGAUAAUAAGGGUGAAAUGGUAGUGGAGGUACCAUGCACGGAAGAUGUACGCACAUCAUGCUGGGCUGGCAUACACCGCCUGCUCUGGACGGCGUGCGAGAAUAGAAAAGAGGGGCACGGACUCGUAACCAUGCGUUGCGGGACCACGGUCAGUGGGCUGACAGAGAAUGACGACCACCUCACUGUGGCAUACAAAGGCGAGGACGGAACUGAAGAUACGAUCCCUGCCGAUCUCGUCAUCGCUGCCGAUGGUGCACGAUCCUACUUCCGCAGUCUGGUACUUCCGGACGUCAAGCCAGAAUAUGUCGGCUACGUGGCCUGGAGAGCGAGCAUCAAGGUAGCCGAUGCGCCCGAGCAAUUACUUUGCGCCAUUGAGGGCAAAAUGCCGAUAUGCAUGCUUGACGGUAGCUAUGUCAUGGUAAGCUACCUGUCGCCUGGGAAGUCUGGGAACAUGAAUCCAGAGGAAAGAGUCAUUGAGUGGUGUUGGUACGAUCCGUGCGACGCGUCGACCCCGGUGUUUUCCGAAUACAUGACCGAUGUGCACAACAUCCGACACAACGUCACUGUACCUUCACAUCUGCUUCGAUCCGAGGUCUGGGCAGCGCAGCUCAGACGCAGAGACUCAAGUCUGACACCAAUGUGGAGACAAGUCUUCCAUCAGUCUGAUAUGCCGCUUCUCACGGCCAUCCGUUCUUUCGACAACACCAAGAGUUCCUUCUUCGAUGGGAAACUCUUGCUGGUGGGUGAGGCUUUCCUCCAGCUUCGGCCCCAUCUAGGAGCAAGCUCCGACAUUGCAGGAAUCUCGGCCAUGAAUUUUCCGCAUGUGCUCAACGGGGAAAUUAGCAUAGAAGAGUGGGAGAAGAGAGUGGCGGAACAUGCGAUGGAGAAGGCGAUUGGCAGUAGAGCCAUGGGCAUGUUCGGAAUGACAGGGCAGUGGCCGGAGCCUCAACCACUCACAGCUGCACCGGAGGUAUCGCAAGAGAUAUUGUGUUGA